AUGGCCUUCACCUCCGCCUCGCCCUCCCAGGUUUUCUACAAUGGGGCCAACGUGAAGCAAGUUGACGUCCCCACGAUGAGUGGGUCCUUCGGCAUCUUGGCCGCCCAUGUCGCCACCUUGCAAGUCCUGAGGCCCGGAGUUGUGAUGGUCUUUGCCGAGGACGACUCUUCCACAAAAUACUUCAUUAGUAGCAGCUCCAUCACAGUGAACGCAGAUUCUUUGGUCCAGCUGCUUGCUGAGGAAGUGGAUCAGCUGGAUGCUGUGACAGCCAAGUCGAACCUGGAGAAGGCCCUGUCAGAGCUGGCGUCUGCCUCUGAUGAAGCGGCAAAGGCGGAAGCACAGAUCAGCGUGGAAGCCAACGAGGUGAUCGGGAAAGCUUUGGAGUGA